AUGCCUAAAAACUCAAAACAAAAUAGUCAAAUAAAUCAAAUUCUCCUUAAAAAUUCUCUUAUUAAUUGUUAUCCUUGUCUUGAAGAAUAUUUAGAAGUGAUUGAAAUUUUAAGAAAUAUUCAAAAAGAUCAAGCUACUCAAAUUGAUGAUAUUAAAAAUAAAAUGCCUAUAAAUAGAAAAAAUUCUAACUAUGAACAUGCUUCUGAAUGGUUAAAAACUCUUAAUGGAAUUACUACUGGUAUUAAUAUGAGUUUAAAAAAUUAUAAUGAUUUAGAAACUAAAUUUAAAAAUGAAAAUAUUGAA